UGGCGUCAUCAAGCUGCGCCGUGAAUUCUGUUGUCGUUUGACUGCAGAAAGAAAAGUUUCCAGAUACGGAAAAAACUCCAGAUGAAUCGACUGUGAUCUGUGUGACAAACUGCUGUAAAGAUGGAGUUUAUUAAAGAAGAGAGUGAAGACAUCAGUAUUACACAAACAUGUGGAAUAAAAACUGAAGAUACUGAAGAACAAAGAGACCUGAUGGAGGUGAAAGAGGAAAGUCAAGAUCUGAAGGAAGAGGAGGUGAAACAUCAGUAUCAGAUACCUGUUGAUGUCAUUAUUGGAGAACAAUCUUUUAGUGGCUCACAGACUGAAGAAACAAAAUCAAAAACAAAAAGGAAAUCUUUCACUUGUUCUCAGUGUGGAAAGAGUUUCCCACAUAAAAGAAACUUAAUUUAUCACAUGAGCAUACAUGCUGAAAAUCCUUACACAUGCAAUCGGUGUGAAAUGAGUUUCAAAUGCAAAAUAUCUCUCCUUAGACACAUGGAAGUUCAUGCUAGAAUGAAAUUUUUCACAUGCAAUCAGUGUGGAAAGAGUUGCAAAGGUAGAAGAGGUCUUGAAAAACACAUGAUAAUUCACACUGGAGUGGAGUGUUACGUAUGCUAUCGGUGUGGAAAGAGUUACACAUUGAAACAAAGUUUGUAUCGUCACUUGAUAAUUCACACAAGAGUGGGGCCUUUUACAUGCCGUCAGUGUGGAAAGAGUUUCAAAAAAAAAGGAAGCCUAAAUAUCCAUAUGAAAAUUCACAUUGGAAAGAAGCCUUUUACCUGCCAUCAUUGUGCAAAGAGUUUCACAAAAAAAAGAGGCCUAAAUAUCCACAUGAGAAUUCACACUGGAGAAAAGCCUUUUACAUGUCAUCAGUGUGGAAAGAGUUUCACACAGAAAGGAAGCCUUAAAGUCCACAUGAUAACUCACACUGGAGAAAAGCCCUACACGUGUCAUCAGUGUGGAAAGAGUUUCACACAGAAAGGAAGCCUUACAGUCCACAUGAUAAUUCACUCUGGAGAAAAGCCCUUCACAUGCACUCACUGUGGAGAGAGUUUCCAAUUAAAAAGAGACUUUAAUAACCACAUUGGAAUUCAAGCUAGAGAGGAAGGUUUUCAUGUGCCCUCAGAAUCAGAACCAGAAGGAGCUUUAUUGCCAAGUUGUCUCACAGACUCAAGGAAUGUGUCUUCAGUGACAGACGCUUCCAGUACACCCAAACCCAAAAUAGAUUAUUCCUCUUGGUUUUUAGAAUAAAUUAUUUGAAUUGAACGACAGUUCUGUGGAUGGUAAUGCAUUGUUGAAGAGAGAGGUCAACAGAGAAUGGCCAGACUGGUUCGAAAUGACAAAGUCUACAGUAACUCCGAUAAUAACCAUUGGCUGGUUAGUGGUCAUCGCUUUGUAGGAGUGGUGCAUGAGGCUGGACCCAAAGCUGGGACUGGCAGUUUCUGGUGAUUUCGGGAUGGGAUCCUGAGGUAAAGACGGAAGCAAAUGACAACGUUAACACAGAUGAUUUUCAUUUCAUUUUACAGCAGAAUAAUAAAUAUGCAAUGCAGCCCAAGUGCAGAUUGAGGAAGAAACAUUUUAGAGAGACUUUUCCUUGCUUUAUUAGAAGAACACAAAUAUGUUCUUAUUACAAAAGUGUCCCAUACCUUUAUGCCCUAACAUGAGUUUUUCUCUAUUAGAGAGCUUUUAUGAGUUUCUGGUCCCCUUUCAGUGUUGAUGUGAUUAGUGUUUUCACGAUACCAACAUUUCAGUAGUUGGUACCAAUACAGUGCAAUUUCACAGUUCUCUAUAUGAAUUUCCAAACAUGGCAAAAAUAAUCUAAUAUGGUAAUGUUCUAUUGAAUACACAUUCAAAAUGUUACAUUUGAAAAUGAAUUUCAAUGUAAAUAAUAAAUCAAAAGAAAUGCAUGUUGUGUUUCUCAAUGAAAAAUGCAUCGUUUAAGUG